CCGCUAAGCGUCGCUUCGUGCGUCAAUGCGCUCUCGCACGUCGUUGAACGUCGCGCGAACGUCGUCGCCGUCAGACCCCGUUUCGCUGGUGCAUGAUCGUUUCGCACGUCGGUCCACGUUAACGCAAGGCAUAUUGUUAUUAGGAAAUGGCAACAGUAGGCAAUUGCAAUGACCCUGAGUUACGUUUGUUACGAUAUCUAUAUAUUGGAAAAGAAUAUCCCAAUUAUCAGCCUGGAUAUUGGUUUGCCCAUGAUUAUUUCAUUGUCAGAAAUGUUCGAUCCAUAGAAGAACUUGCUGAAGAAAAAGAGAAAGAAUUGGUACCCCUUGAAUUGAUCACAAAGGCAUUUGAGGGCAAAUUGAUUACACAUCCAGAGGCUUUAGUAUUUGCUCUUGCUGUUUGCUGCAGACAAAAUAAAAGUGAGGUAUUGCGCCAGGCAGCAUACAAAAGUGUAAAAACAAUCUGUGCAUCUACCCCAAAUUUCAUUCUAUUUGUUAAAUUUGCCUCUAAAUUAUGCCGUGAGAAUGAAUUAAAUUUCGUUACGCAAGGAUGGGGCCAGGGCCUGAGAAAAGCUAUUAAUAAUUGGUACCUUUCUAAGGAACCGUUGGAUUUUGUAAAAUGUGUUAUGAGAUAUAGAAGCAGAUAUGGUUGGAAGCAUAAAGAUAUUCUCAAAUUGGCUCAUCCUCUAGGCAAUUCUCCAGCGAGUAAAAUAAUACUGAAAUAUAUAAUACACGGCAUGGAAAAAACCAAAGCAGAAUUGGAAGAGAAUCAUCUAACUGAAGAUUCUGAUAUUAAGUUAAUAUUGAAAUACAUAGAAAACGUUGAAAGCUUCAAACAUUGCGAAGAUGAAUGUCAAGCUGCCAGCAUGUUGGAAAUGUAUGAAUUAUCACUAGAUCAUGUACCUGGGCAUUUGCUGAGAUCCAAGGAGAUUUGGAAUUCAUUGAUAUCGUCAAUGGAUGUUAUUAUGCUUCUAAACAAUCUGCAAAGGAUUCACAAUCUUGGUUUUCUCGUUUCGGAUGAACCAGCAGUUGAAAAAGUAAAGGACCAACUUACUAAUGAGGAAAAUAUAAUGUGCAGUGAGGUUCAUCCGGCGUUAGUUUUUAUUACUCUGAAAAAUUAUCAGUGUUCCGGAAAAUCUCUGACCUAUGAAAAACGAAAAGUUCGAGAGCUAGCAAAAAAAACUCUGCCACCACCAUAUAAACCAAAUGACAAAAUAAUAGAUGCUUUAAAUACGGCAUUCCUUCUGUCAUUUAAGAAUGUACAAUCCACAAAUUUGCGCUACUUAGUGACAAUCAGCACCCACAAGAACAUGGAAGGACGCACUUGGCAGAAUGGUAAUAUGACCGGCAUCGAGACGGCCAGUUUAAUUAUAAUGUUACUUUUACGUUCUGAGGAGAACGUUGAUGUAGUGACAUUUGAAAACAAUGAAAUUAUUAAACUGGAGGUCAAUAAAACGAAUUCCUUCGAAGAUAUUUUAAAAGUUUUAAAGGCAAUACCUUUAGAAAGAACCAUCAAUAUGAAUAAGCCAAUCUUAUGGGCCAAAAAGCAGUCGGAAAAAUACGAUGUCUUAAUCAAUGUAAUAGAUCAAAUAUAUCCAAAAUAUAUUGAAUGCCAGGAAAAUCUGAUAUCAUAUAAAACAGAACUGAAAAUUCCACAUGCAAGAUUAAUCACUUGCGCUCUAUGCUGUUCCUCACCAUAUCGAAAAUUUUAUGACCGGUAUUUCUUGACGAUCAAUGGUUUCGAUGCUACUGUACCGAAAGUCAUCCAGGCAUUCGUUCAAGGUUUAUUUUAGAUAUGAACAUGAGUUGGAUUUCUAUUGGAGACUCUUCAAAAUCUGUUUCUUUAAGAAGUCACAAACGAUUGAUGAAGAAAAAAAUUUAUCGUCUUGAAAUAUAUUUCCAUAUAUGAAAGUGAAAAAGCAGUUUAGAAAGCGAAGAAUAUGAAUUUUUCUUCAAAAUUGAGUUUGACUAGCUAGCGAACUAACGACAUAAGUCAUAAGUGAAGUUUUGAAGAGGAAAGUUACGAAAAGAGUUUUCAGAGAUUACUUAAAAGUGCCGAAUUUCGGAGUUCAGACUUUAUAGCCUCUUUCAUCAGUUUUGAACGUCGACUUGUUUGCACAUCCAUGACUGAAUCAAAUUAUUUAAUUUUGCUAUCCAUUAAUUUUUUUAAGGACAGAGAUAGUAUACUUUUUAAAAUAUACUGCGAAUAGGGAUAAAACGAUAGGGAAAAAA